GGACUCUAUGACCUGCGCUGGUGGGUCAUGCCAGAGCCCUGGCCCCAGGCCAGCAGCCGGCCUUCAGGAGGUGGGGGCUUCCUGGACUCACGGUCCCUGCUGGCCACGGCUGCAGCUGAGAAGGGUCAGGAGGUAGGAUGGCUCCUGUCUCCCUCCAGGUCAGCCAUGUCAUCUGAGCCACCCCCACCGGCGCAGCCCCCUGCCCAGCAGGCUUCUGGAGGCCUGCUGGACACCCCCCGGGCCCGUGAGCGCUCGCCGUCCCCUCUGCGGGGCAACGUGGUCCCGAGCCCGCUGCCCACACGCCGGACGAGGACCUUCUCAGCGACGGUGCGAGCGUCGCAGGGCCCCAUCUACCGAGGAGUCUGCAAAUGCUUCUGCCGGUCCAAGGGCCACGGCUUCAUCACCCCGGCUGAUGGCGGCCCCGACAUCUUCCUGCACAUCUCUGACGUGGAAGGGGAGUAUGUGCCCAUGGAAGGCGAUGAGGUCACCUAUAAGAUGUGCUCCAUCCCACCCAAGAACGAGAAGCUGCAGGCUGUGGAGGUGGUCAUCACCCACCUGGCGCCUGGCACCAAGCACGAGACCUGGUCGGGACAUGUCAUCAGCUCCUAGGAGACGCCGGAAGCUCCCUUCUCCUGGCUCGUGGGAGACUCGGGGCGGAGGAGGCAGGACCACCCUGGAGAUGACAUUCUGCCACACGAGAUGGGGUUUCUGGGGGCCCCUGGUCCCCCUCAAGUAUCUCCUGGAGGAAGGGGUGUGGGCACACACGUGGGGGUGCUGUUGGCCACCAGCACAGCCUCCGACCAUCACAACCACCUCUCACCAUCUGAAAAGCAUUAAAGGCAUUU